AUGGAUGUCAGUAUAUCCGUGAAGAAAGGGUUAAAGAUCUCUGGUGCAGUACCAACGAGGGUCAAUUCGGAAACCAAACCUGAAGAAGCUAGUUGCUUACCGGCGCUACUUGGCGAAAUUCCAACUUCCCGAAGUGUUGUAAAUUACGAAAGGCCCCAGUUCGCGGAUGAUGGAGACGCGGAACACAUCCGAGCCUUGAUCGUGAUCGCUCAAAUGUGUGCAACGCCCACGAAGGUGUCGGGAGAUUGGAGCAUCCCAUCGGGAACAGCUUUUCCACUUCCCCAGGGUGAUGUCCAAAUCUGUUACGAUACUUUCAAAUCGCCGCUGUAG